CCACUCCGCCGGCAAACCGACCUCGAGGCACACGCGCGCCCAUCGCUCGCUACGCGCAGCAACGCCGGCCCCUCGCGGCCAGGAGCCCUCCUUGGCGCUUCCAUCACCCUUACACUCGACACUACACCACCGGGGGCUUACCGCCACGGACGCCGGCGUUCGCACACAGGGCUCGCCGGAUAAAAGAGAUGGAAAUCGUGCCCGAAGGGAAAAACUUUCGAUUGGUUACAGAAGAAGAGCUCCCAGCGGUGGCCGAUAUCUUAGUGCAGUAUAUGCCUGAAUCUCUAAAGUUUCAUCAAACGAUUCAAACAUAUCUAAACAACAAGGUGUGGGACUUCCAUUUUUAUGUAGCGAAGAAUUGGCCUGAGGACCCGAUCUGUCUACAUUUCCCCGGCUGUACUAGUACGCCGAACAAAACCACAUAUGAAAGCGUGACAGUAUUUUGUCCAUCGGAGCGGGCGGAGCUGGUGGACCUGCUGACGACAGAGGACAUACUCCUGGAUCUCACCCAGCCAUUGUACCUGAACUUCACUCACGAAGCCAUCGUGAACCGCUUCGAGAAGCACUAUGAAGCGCACGACAAGAUUACUGGCGACGUCUACGUCUGUGAUAACCCACCUCAAGACGACAGUACUGAUGGAUUGCCACCGGACGUGGAGUUAGUUCGCUUGCAGCCCGAGCACAUGAAGGCGGUUCACGACCUGUACCCGGCCAGUGACAUAGAAUGCCGCGAAGUGUUCGAGAAGCUGGUCGCCGAACUGCCCGCUUACGGAAUUUUCGUCGAAGGAGAGUUAGCUGCUUGGAUGGUUCAAUCGUACUACGGCGCCAUGUUCUCCAUGCAAACUAGGCCCGAAUUCCGCAGGAAAGGCUACGGGAUAUACUUGGCCCGCCGUCUUACCAAAGAGGUAGCAGCCCGCGGCUACAAACCCUUCGUCGUCAUUCGUCCGGAGAACGACGCGUCCCGGUCUCUGUACACGAAGCUCGGUUUCGAGAAACGUUUCCGAACGGUGCGCGCCGUUUUGCGUCCCCGCUAACGCGUUAAAGUUGAUCACUAGCAGAUUUUAUUUUUUUAAGACUUUUGAAUAAAAUCAAUUUAGCUUGCGAUCUUUGAUCGCCUAGAGAAUUUUAGUAGUAGCUUUAAGAUGGAGCGGCUAGUGCUCUCGGUCCGACCCGGGUCAAUAUGACAAGUGAUAGCUCCGUUGUGGCGUUUGUACGAGCCGAUAUCAGUCGUGCCCUCGGGUCUUCAGCCAAUCAAAAUAUUUCAAGGGCUCCUGGUGACUGGUAUAACUCCGGCUCCGAGUACAAGUACACUUAGACUUUCUAUACAUAGGGCCUCUGCGAUAAUUAAUUUUCAGCCGUUAGCGUUUUUAAUCUCCUAGUAUUUACUUCUUGAUAAUGACAACGAAUGGCUUUCUUGUUGGGCGUUACAUACAAGUCUGCCUACAUUUUGAUACGUAUAUAGCUGAUGCCUCAUCACGCUUCCAGUCAGAUUCGAGAGCUAUAGCCGUUGCUGCGUUCUCCGGCGCUAGCCUAGAAACUGAUCUCAAAAUACUGAGUUCACUGUACUUUGGAACCUGGCAUUUAAAGAUCCGUAGGUCUCGUCACUAGUACGCUACGUUGAUGACAGGUUGAGGACACCAAACAACCAUAAUUUAAAAAUUAAAACAUUCCUUCUAGUAUUAAGACAAUAAGUUAUUUAUGUUAACGGAACAUGUAGGUACCUUCUAUGUGACGAAGGCUUAAGAGAUCUUUACAUGUAUCGGAUACCCAAGAUUUGUGAACCUGGUCAUACUCAUUUAGGCGAACGCUUCAUUACCACUCGUUAACCGAGCGGAAACUAUUCUGUCUCAUGGUUUAUAAAAUUUUUGGGACCCGUUUUGAUCUGUGUGAUAAAAAUGUUAGAAUGUAACAUUGAAAUACUUGAAAAUUACAUGAGAAAGAAAGGUUGCCGACGUUGCACCCAGUUUGCACAAUUCGACAAAUUUUAUCAAGCACCUUUUAAAAAUGAACAAACGCGACGAAUACAAAAAAAAAUAUAAAAAGUAAAAAAAAAAACGUUAAACAAUUUCGAACAUUUUAAUUUCUAAACGUAAAUCAACAAGUGGGACUGUUGAGCAAUGGGAGAACAUGACAAUUACUUUUAAUUUUAAAUUUAAAAAUGUGAUUUGCGAUACAAAACAAUCAAAAACAAUAAAUAAAUGAACUUGUUGUCUAGAUAUUUUCAUAAAUAUAGAAGUAAAAAUAACUGUGACUAGAUUUCUGUUAGUUAUUAUUAGUUUUUUAUAGUAUACAAGUUUUAUAUAUCAAGUACAUGGAAAAUCAUUUAAAAUUUGAUACGAAAACGUAGAUAGGUAGGUAUUAUAAUACGCGAAUGUAUUUUACGAUUGUAAUAACGUAUCUAAUUUAAAAAAAAUCGUUUGCUAUCCUUAUACCUGAGUAUUAAUUAUUUAGAAUCAUUAAGUUAAUCAUCGAUUUAUUAAGUAAUUAUGUAAUUAUAUGGAUAUUAUUGUGUGAUAUGAUAAUAUUUAUUGCUUUUUGAAUAUUUUUAUUAAUUUGGCCAAUUUGUAGUAUUUAUUCUGUCUUCCUAAGACGUUAUUAUAAGUAUGAUGGACAACUCUUAUGACAAAACGAGUGGUGUGUAAAAAACUCGAUAUAAAUAAUUAUGAUAAAUAAUGAAUGAAUUAAUUACGCUAUUCUUUCUUUCUUUACUGGAUAGAAGAUGUACCUAGUUUGUAUUGUAUUGUAUUGUAUCCAUUUAUUUGCACGUAGUAUUAACUCCGCUGUUCUGAAAUCAAAGAGAUCGGCAAAGGCCUGAAUUGUAAAAUUAAGUAUUGCUCAAUAAUUGGAGCUUCCGAUUAUCAAAUUCAAUAAAUUGCCAAAUUAUUGAUUGUGUAUUGUUCUUGCAUUUUAUUAUUGUAAUUUAUUAUUGAUUACUUACUUAUAAUAUGAAUUGUGCUUGUCUUUAUUUGUGUAUAGUUAUUGAACUGGACGAUAGAUUGGACGAAGAUUUGGUAUUACCUACUAUUCAUUGUUUUGUCAUUUCUACGAGAUUUUUCCUAUAAACAGGUGGUGUGUUACAUGUCAAUUGUGAUGUUCAACUGUUUAUUUGAAAACGUAGGUACACUCAUUCCAUAGAAUCAUGCUAAAAGCUUACCUACAUACGAGUAGGAACAUGUCGAAUAAGUAGAUCGAGAUUUCUUGAAAUUAUUAAUUAUAAGUAACAUUUUCUCUGAACACUCCCUUAACUUACUUAUGUAUCUAAUAAAAUAAAUAAAAUAUAAACUAAAAGGACAAGCUUUCCGUCCUAUACUGCAGUUGACAUAAUCGCAGUGUACUUCAAUUGAACAGAAAAUAUUAAAGAAUUUAGGAUCCAUUCUGUAUUGUAUUGUUUACCGGUUUGUCACCUAACUACCAACCUUGCAAAGGUAUUGAGAAAACAAUAAAAAUAAACUUGAAA